CCACUUGAGCACACUGGCUUCUACACACCCGAGAUCAACUCCCAGCUUCUCGACCUGACACCAUGGUUCACUUCACAGCUGAAGAGAAGGCCGCUGUCACAAGCAUAUGGGAAAAAGUGGAUGUGGAAAAAGCUGGAGGAGAAACCCUAGGAAGGCUCUUGAUUGUCUACCCAUGGACUCAGAGAUUCUUUGACAAGUUUGGAAACCUCUCUUCUGCCCAAGCUGUCAUGGGUAACCCCAGAAUCAGAGCCCAUGGCAAGAAAGUGCUGGCAUCCCUAGGCUUGGCGGUUAAGAACAUGGACAACCUCAAGGAGACCUUUGCUCAUCUGAGUGAGCUGCACUGUGACAAGCUUCACGUGGACCCUGAGAACUUCAAGCUCCUGGGUAACAUGUUGGUGAUUGUCCUUUCUGGUCAUUUCCCCAAGGAAUUUACCCCUGAGGUGCACGCUGCCUGGCAGAAGCUGGUGAUUGGUGUGGCCAAUGCUCUAGCCCACAAAUACCAUUAAUCUCCCAUUUCUGUAGACCAGUAAUCCUGUGUGUCUCUCAUGCUCUCUUCGAGCACAUGAGGACUGGACUAGGCCUUAAGAGCACAGAUUUUGCUUAAUAAAGUUGAUUCUCAAU